AGAAAAAAUAUACUCUGAGUCUGUGAGUCUGCGAGAAGCUGAAGAUGGCGACUUUAAAUUUGGAAUCGUCGUCUUCUUCAACAUCAGCUGCUGCCCCUUUGGGAAUUGCUCGUUUCCAGCACACUCCUUAUUACUGUGAAGAGAAUAUAUACUUUCUAUGUAAGAAGCUGAGUGAGGAUGGGAUAGCGAAACCCGAUGGUUCAGAUUUGUUCGUAGUUUUCAUUUCCAAUGAAAAGAAUCAGAUUCCGCUGUGGCAUCAGAGGGCGAGCCACAGAGCAGACGGGGUGAUUUUGUGGGAUUAUCAUGUUAUCUGUGUACAAAGCAGGAAAGAAACCAGCUUGCCUCAUCUGGUGUGGGAUUUAGAUUCUAGUCUUCCUUUUCCAUCUCCUCUAGCCACGUACGUAGCAGAAACUGUCCGGCCUUCAUUUCAGCUGUUUUCCGAGUUCCAGAGGGUUUUCCGGAUUGUACACGCUCCGAUCUUCCUGAAAUCAUUCGCAUCAGACAGACGACACAUGAAAGAUCCUUCCGGAAACUGGACUGCUACUCCGCCUUCGUAUGAAGUAAUCACUGCUGAAGAUGGAACGGCCCACAACUUGAACGAGUACAUAGCGAUGUCCUCUCUUGAUGUCGUAAAGAGCAUAGGAGCUGAUGCAGUCGACACGGUUGUGACCCAAAAACUUGGAGUGCUAGUUGGGGAGAGUGAACUCGAGGAAUUCUUUUCACAGAUUCCAUUGUAAUUGGUGAAGUCAUUUAGACUGGAAGUGAAAUUUGACAUUGUCGGAUAAAUGUAGUCAGCAAGCAUUUCUGCAUUAAGUGUGUAUGAAAAAUUGAAAAUUGCUGUAUGUUGGUCCAAAAAUUGAGGCGUUUUACAUACAGCUAACAUCAUCGUGUAAUCUUGUG